AUUAUAUGUUUUUUUUAACUAUACAAACUAAAAUUUGUACAUAGUUUGCUGUUGUGUUUCCCCCCUCCUGUUACAUAAUGAGCAGCUCUGGACAGAGCCAACAGGAAAAAAAAUAUUCGUCGAAAAUAUAUGUCUGUAGAAUUAGUUUUUAUACGCCAUUCUCACCAAAAAAAAAAAACAAAGAAAUAAAAAACAUGCACCGUGGUGAAGCGUUGACCUGUGUGUCGGUGCGGUUGACGCGGCGGCCCAUUUGUAUUCCAUCUCCAUCUCUGCGCGUCCUCUCCUCAGAUCCACCAAACCCGCCGAGACACACAGAUCGCCGUCGCCGAUCGCCAUGGCCGCGGCCUCGCCUCCGCUCCUCCCCACCACGGUCGUCCCGGCCGCCGCACCAUCCCCCGCGCCCACGUCCCUCUCCUCCGCGGACGCCGCCGCCGACGCCACCACCAACCCAGCGGCGAUCCGCGCCUUCCUCUCGCGCCUCCUCGACAGCACCCGCCGCGCGCUCUCCGGCGCGCGCCCGUGGUCCGAGCUGGCGGACCGCUCGGCGCUCUCCCGCCCAGACACCCUGGCCGAGGCCACCUCCCGCCUCCGGAAGAACCUGGCCUACUUCCGCGUCAACUACGCCGCGGUCGCCGCGCUGUGCCUGGCCGCGUCGCUCCUGGCGCACCCGUUCUCGCUGGCCGCGCUGCUGGCGCUGCUGGCGGCGUGGUGCCUCCUCUACGUGCUCCGCCCCGCCGACGCGCCGCCCGUCGCCGCGUUCGGCCGCACCUUCUCCGACCGCGAGGUGCUGGGUGGCCUCGUCGCCGCGUCCGCGUUCGUCGUCUUCCUCACGUCCGUGGGCUCGCUCAUCUUCUCCGCGCUCGCGCUCGGUGCGGCGGUCGUGUGUGCCCACGGCGCGUGCCGCGUGCCUGAGGACCUGUUCCUCGACGAGGCUGACCAGGCUGCUGGUGGUGCCGCCGGGAACCCGUUGCUGUCGUUCAUCGCCUCCGCCACCGGAGGCCGUGUCUGAUGAGUAUCUUCGUUCUCACAGUCAUCUGGAUGUGUACUCUUGAGUUGAGAGACAGAAAAACCAUUAUCAUUUUUUUUUGCAUUCUUUAUUAAUCGAUUAUUACGUGGAAGUAUACAACAGAAAAGAUACUAUAGCUAGAGUACACAAGGAAAUGAGAUAUUGGAUUGUAUCUGGUGGUGUUCCCAUGGAACUGCUGUAUCGCAUCUACAAACGUGAUGAGCAGAAAAGAAAUGUUAUUGUUAUGUCUUGUUAUUCAUA